GCAGCCACAAGUCCACAAAGGAAAAGGUGUCGGCUGCAGUUGCAUGGCUCGUUGGCACCUGCGAUUUCUCACUCGCCAAAAAAGACAAGACCUCCGCGCGUAAUAAUAAAUAGAUGUGAUAACUUCAGUGUUGGACCAUCGUCUUCAGCCCGCACUUUAUUCGACGGCGACUCCAGAUUCCUGCGAAGCAAUUGGGGCUUCGACUCCCGAGCGAGGAGGCGGAGUCUUAACUUAUUAAAAGGAACUUGCUGAGGCUCGGACGGCAGCAAAUAUGAUGAUGAUGUCUCUGAACAGCAAGCAGGCUUUUGCCAUGGCCCACAGCAGCUUGCCCGAACCCAAGUACUCGUUGCAUUCCUCCUCUUCAUCCACCCUGACUUCCAAUGCACCUUCCUCAUGCUCGUCCUCCCGACACAGCAACACCAUCAUCAGCAGCAGCGGCGGCAGCAGCUCGGAGGCGAUGCGCCGAGCCUGUCUCCCAACCCCACCGAGCAAUAUAUUCGGAGGCUUGGAUGAGAGUUUGUUGGCCCGGGCUGAAGCUCUAGCGGCGGUGGAUAUAGUCUCGCAGACCAAGAGCCACCACCACCCUCCACAUCACAGUCCCUUCAAGCCGGACGCAACCUACCACACCAUGAACACGCUCCCCUGCACCUCGUCGUCCUCCUCCUCGGUGCCUAUUUCUCAUCCCUCCGCCUUGUCCGGCCACCACCAUCACCACCACCAUCACCACCACCACCAGCCCCACCAGGCACUGGAGGGGGACCUGCUGGACCACAUCACCCCGGGACUGGCACUAGGAGCCAUGGCUGGGCCGGAUGGCUCGGUGGUUUCCACGGCUGCGCACCCUGCCCACAUGGCGGGCAUGAACCACAUGCACCAGGCAGCCAUCAACAUGGCUCAUGCCCACGGGCUACCACCGCACAUGGGCAUGAACGACGUGGACGCCGAUCCCAGGGACUUGGAAGCCUUCGCAGAGAGGUUUAAGCAAAGACGGAUCAAACUCGGGGUUACCCAGGCGGAUGUAGGGUCAGCUUUAGCCAGCCUGAAGAUUCCUGGAGUGGGCUCCCUCAGCCAAAGCACCAUUUGCCGAUUCGAGUCCCUCACGCUGUCUCACAACAACAUGAUCGCGUUGAAGCCCAUCCUGCAAGCGUGGCUAGAAGAAGCCGAGAAAUCACACAGGGAGAAACUUAAUAAACCCGAGUUGUUCAACGGUGCGGAGAAAAAGAGGAAGCGCACGUCGAUAGCGGCGCCGGAGAAGAGAUCACUGGAGGCCUAUUUCGCCAUCCAGCCGCGUCCCUCCUCGGAGAAAAUCGCAGCAAUCGCGGAAAAGCUGGACCUGAAAAAGAACGUGGUGCGGGUCUGGUUUUGCAACCAGCGGCAGAAACAGAAACGAAUGAAAUACUCUGCAUGCGUCUGAAAACCGCUUUGAAAUCACCACCCACAGAAAAACAGACUUGGAACUGUUUAGAGACGAUUUGUAUCAUAUUUCCUAUCUCACACCUUUUUUCAAUCAUCGAUGACUUUGUGCUUUGAACUUCGAAAAAUUCCUAAAAACUGAACAAUGACUGAAAAAAAAAAUGACCCCACAUGCAGUCACAUCUUUUACUCGCUGAGCUGUGGAGUCCAGUAAAGCCUCGUGUGACAGAGCAAGUAAGACCACUGUUUCCACUCUUCACCUUUUUAAUGACUUAACAGGACUCUACAUAUGCUUUCCUUUUUAUUUAAUGAUCCAUUUCAGAUGAGGACUGUGGUUUUCCUUAGACCCUGAUGCAAACAGCAUUGUUACUGGGACUAUAGUUUAACUCAAAGCACUUGGUUUGGUGACUGCUAUUUUUUAGGCUUAUAGGAUAAGCUACGUUGCCCCCCCUCCCCUCCCCUCCUCCGAGUUCAUGACGAUGCAGUCUGACAUUUAUUCAGGGUCCAUGAGGGGAUUGAGAGAACAACACACGACUAGGUCUUGAGAGCUAAUAUUAGAUUACUGCCAAAUAACCCCUCUGUAAAUGAAUAAUUUACCAGUCACACACUUCAUGUUGUGUCUAAAUGUGUAAUUAAUUCCACUUAUUUUGUUACCAUGUGUGUGAUCGAAGUCAGGGAUAUAUUUUCGUGAUACCUGGGGUUUGGAUUGAGGAAGCAGGUUGUUUAUUAUAAGGCCUCAGUAUCGGAAAUAAUCGAAAUAGGGAUUCACUUGUAAGGAUUUCGUAGAUUUCCCAUUGAAAAAAAAACAGGAUUUCUUGCCGGCUGCAAUAAGUUUACAAUUCAGCGUGGGCCUGUAUCUUAUGAACUAUUUAUUGAGUGAGGUCAUGUUUACUUCAUUAUAUAUUUAUUGGGAUUCCCCCCUCCUCGUUUUGCUUGAGAAAAUCAAAUUCUGACAGCGAGUUAACCGUGUUGUUCUGGUUUUAAAAGGGAAACGACUGCGAAAUGUGCAGUCACAAAUUUUAAUUUCACGAUUUCUAACGUUUGAGAUGGUACAAUCGAGAUAUAUAUGAGAUAGUAUUCUCUUUUGAAAUUAUUUUAUGUAUGUUUUCCUGCUAUUUAUUUGUAUAAAUAGGCUAAAUACGCGCAUCAUUAUUAUGAAGUCGUUGCUUGUUAAAAUCACCUUGUUUAAGUAAUGUUUUUUCUUGAAAAGAAACAGCUUCAUGGAAGUAUACGUGUACAAUGUAAAUAUUUCAUUGGAAUCAGUCGAUGCACAUAAAUAUAUCCGUACAGGUUUUUGCUGUAUUGCUGUUUUAGCUGAGGUAACUUAUUUCUGUAAUGUAUGUUGCUUUAGGUUCCUGGUUAAAUAAUUCUAUUAAUUUAUUAC